AUGGGACUGAGGAAGCAAUUUGCCAUGCACCGAAGUCUUACCGCAGGAGAAAGGAAUUAUGGUCAAAUUGAGAAGGAAGAACUUGCUCUGAUAUUCGCUGUUCGCAAGUAUCACCGCUACAUGUACGGUCGUCGCUUCAAGCUGACUCACAAAUCACAAACCGCUGUUACAGAAUUCUUGGUGCCAGUGUACACGCAAUAG